AUGUGUCUGUGUGUGUGUGUAAUGCGUUGGUGUUACUUCCCAGCUAACCAGACGCAGCGUUCAUAUACAGAGAGAGAGAGAGACAUUCCUGGGAAUGAUGUCAGGGAUCUUGCGGAAGGAACCUCAUUUCCCUGGAAGUACGUGCCUGAAGUAAAGUUGAGCUCUCGGCCGAGAGCGAGAUCAGAGCUACACAGAGAGAGAGAGAGAGAAGGGGCUGGUCAUGGUUUACAAAUGACAGUAGCAUCUUGUGACAGGGCAGGCACUGACAGCUCGCUUAAGGUGCAAGACCCGAAAGGGACUGUCAACAUUCACAUUCAUAAAGGGGAGGAAAAGGAGCAGGAAACAAAGAGCGAGAGAGAACGGAUAAAGCAGCCUGAGGGGCAACGAGAGGCUUUGGAAACGCAUCGAUCAAAGUGAGGAUCUGGAAUCUAGUCGCCCCCCCCCCCCCCCCCACCUACAAUAUGCUGGGUUGAUGGGGGAAUGGCCUCCGCGGUGUUUGAAGGAACCUCCUUGGUGAAUAUGUUCGUGAAGGACUGCUGGGUGAACGGAGUCAGGAAGAUCAUCAUCAACAGGCGGGAGGAAGAGUUUUUCGAGAUCAGGACCGAGUGGUCAGACAGGAACGUGCUGUACUUACACCGGAGUUACGCCGACCUGGCCAGGGUUUUGAAGAGACUGACAGAUGCCUUCCCCGAAGAUCAGGCGGAACUUUCCCGCUCCCCUCUGGUCGAAGGAUUAGUUGCAGUGAAAAAAGCCCAUGACAUAGAAGCAAGACUAAAUGAAAUUGAGAAAGUUCUGAAGAUUAUAAUUAACUUGCCCUGCAAAUAUUCUAGGUCAGAAGUUGUCCUCACCUUUUUCGAAAGAUCUUCGAUAGACCAAGUAUUAAAAAAUGACACUGUCCAGAAAGUUCAGAUGAGCUUCCAAAGUCCUGUCAAAAUAUCAGAUAUUAUGCGUUCAAAUGGGUUUUGCUUAGCAAACACGGAAACAAUCGUUUUCGACAACAAUAUUCCGAACGGUAAAGAGCAACACCUGGCAGCAGAUUCUGCAGAAAACUUGUAAGUGUGUCUUUCCUUGACUUUAAUAUAAAUGUUUUUUAUGGUGCGGCUUGAAACUGGAUAAUUGAAGUUUGGCUUCAAGGUUGUAAUUGAGUCGCGACAUUGUCGAAAGUAAUUUAUGACAGUAGCAGAACCCCCACCAUUUGAUUAUAGUUUCCAACUCUCCACCAGCUCUUUAUGUUCUAUAUUUAUUUAGCUACAAAUUUGUACUUCUCAAAACUAAAGGGAAUCCACUUGCCAGUGUAGGGGCAAGGUCAUUUGAUAAAGAGGGUUGGAGAAAGGUCAUGACAUUGAUUUGGGAAUUCUGACCUGAAAGGAGAUGGGAGAUCCUGGUUUUGUAAGCUGGUUCUCAGUUAAAAAAAGCCAUCAGCGUUCCCAGUUAAACUGUUCUAGGAUAUUGGGAAAACGUUAAUCUUCAGCUGAGAUGUAAGCCAGUAGCAACAGGUAAAGCUAUAUAUCUUAUUGCUAAUAUUAAGUCUGAUUCAAGUUCACCCAAAAGGGGACAACAUACAGGGCCUUGUUUCUGGAGGUGACAUCCCCAUUGUCUUGUUUAUUUGUAAUAACCAUAGCUGAGAUAAUUACAGCUAACAUCACCAACAUCCUCUCGUUCCUUCCUGCAUGGACACAAGUCCCAUGGAGUUUACUGUUUCACCUCGUGAAAGACUCUCCGGAACUUUGCCCUAAGUCGCUGUUCUUCAGGUUUGGGAUCAAGAAUGUGAUUGACGGAUGGCUAUUUCACCAUGAAAGCCAUCACGCAGAGUCUCCAAAGCCGCGCUUUGAACCAGAUGUCAGUGUGAAUUCUUCCUGAAUACCAAAUGUGUCUGAAUUAUCCAGUUCCCAGCCCAGUCUCGGGUCGUGGGUCUCAUGAAUUGUCCCCAGUCAGCAACAGGUGGAAGUUGGGACUGGCCUUUUUGGGGGUAGAUGGGAUGCAGGGUGACCAGUUCGAUCAUAGAACCCCUACACUGUGGAAACAGGCCUUUCAGCCCAACAAGUCCCACACUGA